CACCAGUCCCCCCAUUUCCUCUCCAAGACAAAAUAUGACGACCCUUGGCUCCAGCCAAAAGCCAAAAGCCCCUCCGUCACAACCAAAAAUGAACGUCUCCCUCCUCCUAAGGUCCUCACCGCUAAGCUCACCUACAAAAAUGCAAGCCCUCUUCUCUCUUUCAAUUCCUACUUCAACAACGCCAUCAAAAUUUGGAGCUCUUUGCAAUCAUCCGCACCAGCAGCAUACUCUGACCAGCCAUGUCAUCAUCACUAUCUGUUCAGUUUCUUUCUCCUCCCCUGUCUUCAGCUCUCCCCUGCUGCAAGCAGACGAGGCUAGCAGCCGCCACCACCCCCCUGGCGCCGGUUUCCACGAAUGUGGAGGCUGCCAGGUUGGAGCCUAGAGUGGAGGAGAGAGAUGGGUAUUGGGUUUUGAAAGAGAAGUUUAGAGGAGGGAUUAAUGUUCAGGAGAAGGUGAAGAUUCAGAAGGAACCCAUGAAGCUUUUCAUGGAAAAUGGGAUUGAAGAGCUUGCCAAGACUUCUUUUGAGGAGCUUGAGAAGUCUAAGGAUAGUAAGGAUGAUAUUGAUGUCAGGCUCAAGUGGCUUGGCCUUUUCCACAGGAGAAAGAAUCAUUAUGGUAGAUUUAUGAUGAGACUGAAGCUACCAAAUGGAGUUACAACAAGUGCACAAACAAAAUAUCUAGCGAGCGUGAUAAGAAAAUAUGGUGAGGAUGGUUGUGCGGAUGUUACAACCAGGCAAAAUUGGCAAAUCCGGGGAGUGGUACUGCCUGAUGUGCCAGAAAUUCUAAAAGGUCUCGCUGAGGUUGGCUUGACAAGUCUGCAGAGUGGCAUGGACAAUGUGAGAAACCCAGUUGGAAAUCCUCUCGCCGGAAUCGACCCCGAAGAGAUUGUUGAUACACGACCUUACACAAACUUGUUGUCCCAAUAUAUCACUGCCAAUUCACUUGGCAAUCCUACUGUCACAAACUUGCCAAGAAAGUGGAAUGUGUGUGUGGUGGGAUCUCAUGAUCUUUUUGAGCAUCCCCACAUCAACGAUCUCGCUUACAUGCCUGCAACAAAGGACGGAAGAUUUGGAUUCAAUUUGCUUGUGGGAGGCUUCUUUAGUCCUAAACGGUGCGCAGAGGCAGUUCCUCUUGAUGCCUGGGUCUCCGCAGAUGAUGUGAUCCCACUUUGCAAAGCAGUGCUAGAGGCCUAUAGAGACCUUGGCACCAGAGGGAACCGACAGAAGACGAGAAUGAUGUGGUUGAUUGAUGAACUAGGCAUAGAAGGAUUCAGGGCAGAGGUUGCAAAAAGGAUGCCUUUCCAAGAGCUGGAGAGAGCAUCUUCUGAAGACCUGGUUCAGAAGCAAUGGGAAAGGAGAGACUACGUAGGUGUCCAUCCACAAAAACAAGAAGGUCUAAGCUACGUGGGACUUCACAUUCCAGUCGGCCGGCUCCAAGCAGAUGACAUGGAUGAGCUAGCUCACGUAGCUGACAAGUAUGGCACAGGGGAACUCCGGCUCACUGUGGAGCAAAACAUAAUAAUCCCAAAUGUUGAGAACUCAAAACUUGAAGCAUUGCUUAAAGAGCCUCUCCUGAAAAACAGAUUUUCACCUGUACCUUCAAUUCUCAUGAGAGGAUUGGUGGCCUGCACUGGCAAUCAGUUCUGUGGACAAGCCAUCAUUGAGACCAAGGCCAGGGCCUUGAAGGUGACUGAGGAGGUGGAGAGACACGUGGCAGUGACCCGACCGGUGAGGAUGCAUUGGACCGGGUGCCCAAACACCUGCGCGCAGGUGCAAGUGGCGGAUAUUGGUUUCAUGGGAUGCAUGGCAAGGGAUGAGAAUGGGAAGCCUUGUGAAGGGGCUGAUGUUUUCUUGGGAGGGAGGAUAGGAAGUGACUCACAUUUGGGAGAUGUUUAUAAGAAGAGUGUCCCUUGCAAGGACUUGGUGCCUUUGGUUGUUGACAUUUUGGUCAAGCACUUUGGAGCUGUCCCUAGAGAGAGGGAAGAAGGGGAAGAUUAAUUCGAACGGAACGGCGAUUCAGAGGGUUCAAUGCAGAUUUUAGCUGACCCUUAACACUUUACAUUGCUUUAUUUUAGGGAUCUAUACAAAUGUUUAUGUAAUAUUUCAAUGCCAAUCAAACUUAGGUUGUGAAGUUCAUAAUUCUGACAUUUGCUGUACACAGUAAACUUUAUGCC